GGAAAAUAAAAUAGAAAGCGUUUAGAAAGAAAAGAAGAACAAAAAACUGUGAGAAGAGAAGCACGGCACGGGAAAGGAACGUGAGCGGAGGCAAUGGAGGACGGCGAGAUCGAGGAAGGAAUGGUAACGGCCGACGAAUACCCAACGUCGGAAGUCGCGACGGAGUCUAUAGAACCGCCUAGAGAACCGGUGAAAUCUCCACUGGAGUUGCUCCGAGAGAGCAAAACCUCAGUAGAAGAAAUCGUAGCGAAGAUGCUAUCAAUCAAACAAGAAGGAAACAACAACAACAAAUCCGAUAUUCGAGAACUCCUCACUCUCAUGUUCCUCAACUUCGUCAAUCUCCGUCAGGCGAAUCGGGCGAUUCUGACGGAGGAAGACAAAGUGAAGGCAGAGACGGAACGAGCAAAAGGACCAGUGGAUUUCACGACGCUUCAAUUGCACAAUCUUAUGUACGAGAAGAGCCAUUACGUUAAAGCUAUUAAGGCUUGCAGAGACUUCAAAUCCAAGUAUCCAGACAUUGAUCUCGUAUCAGAAGAAGCUUUCUUUCAUGACGCUCCUGAAGUUAUUAAAGAUCAAUUGUUACCAACUGAUAGUUCUCGUGUUUUAAUGCCCAAAAGACUCAGUUUUGAGCUUCAUCAGAGGAAAGAAUUGUGUAAGCAUCGAGCGAGAUUGGAGCAAAAGAAGAAGAGUUUACUAGAAACAAUUGCGGAGCGUAAGAAGUUUCUGUCAAGUCUUCCUAUACACCUCAAGACUCUGAAGAAAGCAUCUCUUCCAGUACAGAACCAGUUGGGUAUACAGCACACUAAGAAACUGAAGCAGCAUAGUUUAGCUGAGCUGCUUCCUCCUCCGCUUUAUGUUAUUUACUCACAGCUUUUGGCUCAAAAGGAAGCUUUUCAAGAGAGGAUCGAUUUGGAGCUAGUUGGGAGCCUUAAGGAUGCUCAAGCUUAUGCCAGACAGCAAUCCAAAAAGGACUCUGGUGGGUCGAGUAAUACAGAGAGUUCUAGGUUGGAGGAUGAUGGACCUGAUGAUGAUGAUGAUGGACAAAGAAGAAGAAAGAGGCCUAAGAAGGUUACUAGCAAAGAAGGAUCUGACAAGGCAGGAUUAUACCAAGUUCACCCUCUCAAAGUUUUCCUUCACGUAUAUGAUGAUGAGACUCCUGAUAACAAGUCCCUUAAGCUUGUUGUUCUCAAGUUUGAGUACUUUCUGAAGCUGAAUGUUGUAUGUGUUGGCGCUGAAGGCUCUCCAGAUGGACCGGAGAAAAAUAUAUUCUGUAACUUAUUCCCAGAUGACGCUGGACAUGAGCCACCUCACCAGUCGACCAAGCUCAUUCUUGGUGAUGGUCAAGCGUUUGAUGAGAACAGAAUUUCAAGGCCUUAUAAAUGGGUUCAACAUUUGGCGGGGAUUGAUAUCUUACCGGAAGUGUCUCCGAUUUUAUUUGGCCAAGAUACUUCUAACAUUGACUUUGCUAAAAGUGAUGCGUCUGUACCUGAUCUCUCACUCUAUCGCCAGCAGCAUAGGGUGGAAACAAUUCUGCAGAGAAUACGCUUGCGGAAAAAAGCGCACCUGGCUCUUGCGGAGCAGCUUGAUAUGCUUAUGAAGCACGAUUUGCCUGCUGUGAACUGCGAAGAAGCUCCAUGGGCAUUGCAUAAAGUUCUGUGUGCUUUGGAUUCCUGGUUACAGAUUCGAUCUUCAUCUAGUAAGUCGUGCUCUGUUACUCUGAACAGUGUAGAACAAGUUCCAGAACCUAUGGAAAUCGAUGGGGAUAGAAGAUCUCUUUCUGGUAAGGAAGAUGUUGAAAGUAUUCGGGAAGACGGAGAACUUCCUUCUUUGGUCACAGCUGCGGCUUUGAUAACCAGCUCUGAUCAAACACCAUCAAAAGUAUCUAGUGUAGCAAGAUCUAGGCAGUUGGCUUUGAUGACAAAGAACCUGGAUUCUCCAAUUAGCAAAGGGAAGUCACCGAGUUUCAAAAAAUACGAAGAUGAUUUGGAUCUUGUUUUGGAUGAUGAUAGUGAAGUAGAUGAGCCAGCUGGAAAAACCGAAGCGAAUGUGGAAGCCUUAGGCCCUGUGAAAGCUGAUAAUUCAUGGGUAGAGUAUGGUGCGAGAGAGUUUGCACUUGUGUUCUCCAGGAAAACAGAUGAUAAAAGGUUGUGGAAGUUAGAAGCAACGGUCCAGAUUAGCAUGGAGUAUCCUCUUAGACCUCCUUUCUUUUCUCUGUCUCUCCAUACUUCUUCUGGAAAUGACAACGGGACAAGUGAAAGUGAUCAUUACAAUGAAUUACGAGCUAUGGAAGCAGAGGUGAACCUUCAUAUGUUGAAGAUUGUACCUUCAGAUCAAGAAAAUUAUCUCCUAUCUCAUCAAAUCAGAUGCUUGGCAAUGUUGUUCGACUAUUACAUGGAUGACCCAUCUCUGGGUUCCAAAAGAGGAACAGCCACAAGUGUGGUUGAUGUCGGUUUGUGCAAGCCUGUAGACGGUAAGCUUCUUGUGAGAUCAUUCAGAGGCAGAGAUCACCGGAAAAUGAUCUCAUGGAAGGAUAGAGGAUGUGCCUCGGGUUAUCCAUGUUAGAGAUUACUCCGUCACUCAUUUCUCUAUAUUAUGUUUCCCUUUUGUUACAUUCAAAGAUUUUUUAAGAUAACAAUUUUUGCACUGCCCGGUUCCUCAUUUUAAUAACAGUUGGAUCACAGAAUCCUUAUCAUUACUUUGGGGAACAUGAACAAGAUAUAGUGGUGUAUGUUUUCAAGUCACUGACUGAUGUGAUCCGAAUGUGGUAAACGUGAAGAGACUUUCACACUGGUUGUAUGCAUUGCUGUGUAUUCAGCUGAAAGGUUUGC